GCAGUGAGUAGUGUGGAUAAUGUUGUAAUUAAGGAAAAAGCCGCCGGGCGGCCUUGGCAGCUGAGAGGAGGUCGCAGUCGCAGUUCUUCAGUUGCCGCGGCCGCAGAAGUUAGUGUGACACACGGACAUGUCUAGGCCUCCAGUUCCAGCUCCAGCUGUUCUGCUUCUCCUCCUGCCGCUGCUCUGUGUCAAGGUGGUGUCCCCAAGCCCAAGUGAGGGCAAGGAGAUCGCAGAUAGGCUCGGAGAUGACCUCUCUUUUGCCUCGAAGCAAGUGAUUCGAGGAUUCACCGCCAUCUUCGCGCCUCUGUUGGAUACUGCCCACGGGUUUGCCAAGAGAAGCGGAGACGGUGACGAUGCCUCCCAGAACUUCCGCACAGUGUUGUUGAGAGAUGGUGUCAACGCUUUUGGGAAAGGAGUGAAAGCUUCGGCAACAAUCUUAUCUUCUCCAGCGAGGGUUGUGGGUACCGGAUUAGAAGAAAUUAACAAGGUCGGACAAGCAGGAUUAGAAUCUAAAGUUCCUUUAAAAACUGUACCUAACCUCUCACGAUCUAAAACACCUCUGGGAAUUGAAGAUCAGGCCAAAAUAGCUUCAACUCUUCUGAACACCACAGCUUCGGAAUUUUCCCAGGCAAAUCUAGGGGCUGUCUUGGUUGAAGUGGCUUUGAAAAAUAGGAUCAAAGACAUUGGUAACAAAACAGCUACAUUUGUGGGGUCUAUGAGUGGUCCAGCACCAAAGAUCGAGGCAAAGAGAAGUAACAAGCCUGAAGACAAUGGAGGACCCGCCGAGGGACCAAAGACUUCUCCAGAGGUUGAUGAGCUGUUGGAACAGUUUAACGAAGCUGUCAGGAGAAAUGAUGAACGCGUUCUGAGUGCACUUAAGCUUGUUCUGGCUCAAAUAAAUCCUCCAAGUAACUAAUUAUGUAGGCAAUAUUGUUCAGUAGAUAAAAUGAAACGUGUUUUGAUAUUAGUUAAUACUGAGUAAUCCAAAGAGUUUUUAAAGAGUUAGAUAAAUAGUUUGAAUAUAACUGUAAUAGUUUUUAUAUUAAUUUAGCAUUUUAUAUAAGUAACAUUGAUAAUGUAUACAAAAAUAAUUCUAGUUCUCAAGCAUUCAUAGAUGCUUUUAUUUAUAUCGUAUGUAUAUCACAUAAGAAUUUAUAUGUAUGUGUAACCGAUGAUUUAAGAUCUAUCUCUUCUCAAGAGAAAUAGUUUAAAUUCUAGUAUGUACAAAAUGAACAGUUUUAAAGAAUAUGUAUAUUUUGAUUUAAGUGAUUUUAAAAGAAGUUAUUAAUAUGCCAGAUUUAUAAUAGUAAUGAAAUAAUUCUGUUAGAUUUAAUAAAUAAUGAAUUGUAGCUUAUAUUGAAAAAAUAAUUUUCACGAUGUAUUUUAUAUACGCCGGUAAAAUCAUUUCAAUAAAAUAAUUGAAUAAACACUAAGUGAUUGUAUGUGAACAAAUUCACUAUGCAAUAUUUUUAAUAAAGUUAUUAUUACUGGCUCCAGUACUUUACA